CCGAUCAGCCCCAAGUAAGAAAUUGAAAACAUGAACACGGAAGUUUCCUAUAGUGGUUUUCACAUCAGCCCAAUUCCAACAUUGGGACUUUUAGCGGUUUUAUUAAGUGGACUUUUAAGCAUGGAACAGCACCCCCCUUGGUCCGGAUUCGACGGUUGACUUGCCGCAGUUGAAGUUUUGUAGAAAACUUCAAUGACUCGUUGAAAUCGAUUUGCAAGAAGACAUUUGUAGAAAACUUCAUUGACUCAUUGAAAUCAAUUUGCAAGAAGAGAGAUACGGAUCUGUUUUCCUCCAAAAAUUUUCAGAGAGAGAAAGAUGGUUCUGUUCAAAUUUCAAAGAAAGGUUCCUUGAUUUUCUCUAAGCUUAUCAUAGUCGUGAAUGGGAGAAGAGCCCAUUUCUGUAACACCAGAGCUAUCGACCAAGAGAGAGAAUACUCACUCAGAAUAAGAAAAAGAGAGUGUGUCAGUUGGAAGUACUGUUAGAAAACUUCAUCAUGACUCAUUGAAAUCAAUUACCAAGGAGAGAGAGAGAGUUCUGUUUUCCAACAAAAUUUUUCCAGCAGAAGAGAGGGAGAUGGUUCAAUGUUCAAACUUCAAAGAAAGAUGAGAAGGUUACUUGAUUUCUCUAAGCUUAUCAUAGUCUUGAAUGGGAGAAGAGCCCAUUUCUGUAAUACCAGAGUUAUCAUUCAAGAGAGAGAAUAACUCAAUCAGAAAAAGAAAGAGAGUGUGUCAGUUGAAGUACUGUUAGAAAACUUCAUUGACUCAUUGAAAUCAAUUUCCAAGGAGAGAGGGGGAUGGUUUUGUUAUCCUCCAAAAUUUUCCACACACAGAGAAAGAGAGAGAGACAUGGUCCAAUGUUCAAAUUUCAAAGAAAGAUCAGAAGGUUCCUUGAUUUUCUCUGAACUUAUUAUACUCUUGAAUGGGAGAAGAUCCCAUUUGUGUAAUACCAGAGCUAUCAACCAAGAUAGAGAACACUCACUAAGAAUAAGAAAGAGUGUGUGACAGCUGAAGCACUGAUAGAAAACUUUUAUGACUCAUUGAAAUCAAUUUCCAAGGAGAGAGAGAUGGUUCUGUUUCCCUCCAAAAUUUUCCAGAGAGAGAGAGAAGGUUCAAUGUUCAAACUUCAAAGAAAGAUGAGAAGGAUCCUUGGUUUUCUCUAUACUUAUCAAAGACUUGAAUGGGAAAAGAACUCAUUUCUGUAAUUCCAGAGCUAUCAUUCAAGAGAGAGAAUACUCACUCAGAAUAAGAAAGCGAGAGAGUGUAGUUACUCAGAGUCCAUAGAAAGAGAGACUGACAUGAACCAAGAGGAGAGAGACAGUGCACAUUUAAAGAGAGUAUAUAGAGAGAUAGAGAGGCUCUCUGUGGUUACUCAGAGAGACAGAUUGUGGAGUUACUAACAAGAGAGAGAGAGAGAGACGAUGGCUGGAGAGUUAGAGAGAGAAAGGGUGGCGUCCCUCCCAGAAGAGUUGUGGGAGAACAUUUUGGGGAGGCUUCCUGCCAAGGCAUUUGCAAAGGCCUGCGUUACCUGCCAUUCAUGGAACCGCAUCUGCAAUCGGAUACUUUCACGCCCUAAGCUUCUCUGUGCUCUCUCUGUGCACCACACUUUAGAGUUUGAAUUUGGCAAUUGGGAUUUGAUUUUGCAUAAAGAAGGGAGUCCACAGUUAUUCUCCUGUAACCUCACACUGGAGUGCAUGGAUGAGGCUUUGGCCAAGGUUCUCUCUGAACCAAUCUGGCCACACUUUGUGAUGGCUUUCACGGGCUUCAUGUCUUCUUUAGAGAAGGCCCAUGUUCUUGAAAACAUUUUCUCAUUAGAGCACAUUUUGCUGCUAAGUUCUGAGUUUGGUGGAACAGUUCCUCUUGUCACAUAUUUUCUCAGGUUUCUUUGGAUUCUUUGGAAUCCAUACAAUGAUCUGCUUACUGAUCGUGGGGUACUGAUAACCAUUGGCUUCGUCCCUGGCCUUAAAGUUGAAGCAGUACCUUUAUUUGGCCCUCCUGACGUAUGUGCUACAGUAUCUACUCAAAGUUGGGUGGAUUCCUUUUUGACUGAUGUUAACAACUUCACCAGAGAAGCUUCAGAUUUUGCGAUCCCUAUGGGGAUUGUGAUGAUUGCUUAUUGCAUACAAAUCUUUCAGGAAUAUAGGCCCAACUUGAGAUAUAUUCUUCAAAUGAUGGAUGAUGCUUUUCAUGGACAAACUUCUAUAGUUGGUGGCAUUGCUGCUGAAGAAAAAGCAAGUAGCUUCCUAUAUAGUGCUGGCAAUUGCUCAAGAACCAUGAGGAAAAAUCAAGAUUUGUGUUUGGCCCCUCAAUCAAGGCUGCACCCCAAACUGCUGAUGGAUGAUAAUCAUAGACUUGAUGCAGUUGCUCUUGUAUUUGUGAAGGACAGAUAUAGUACUCGGGGUACUUUUUCAAAAGCUUCAGAUGUCCAUGAAAUCCACUUUACUUCAGCUGCAUCAACUGGCUUAAAACCUAGGGGUCCUUCGUACAAGGUAGCUUCUGUUAGAUCAAGUCUGCAAGAAACAUGGCUCACUGCUAGAAGAGAAGGGCUCCCCAAUGCACUUGAUGGUCCAAGGAUUUGGGAAGAUAUUGAGAAUGAGGUUGGCAAUGAAAUCCAUGGGGAUCUUUAUAUUGGAGUUUUAAAGCGAAGAAAGCAUUUCAUUGCAGCUGGGAAAAGAAAAUAUGUUUCAUCCUUUGCGUAUCAUGGAUUUUAUAAGAUUCAAAUAAUUACUCAAUUGUCCUUUAAGAUCGAACACAGUGUUUCGAUUUUCUUCCAUUCAUUGGAUCCUUGUCCCCUCGAAUUGCAUGGAUAUGGAAAUGAAGAGUGUUGCACUUUUAACACAUUUGAAGAAUUUGGAGCCCAACACUCUGGUUUCCGUCUCAUUUACAGCACGGACGAGAUGUACCUCAAUGUCGAAGGUGAAGGAAUCGAAACUAAAGAUAAGUUUUGCUUUUAUGUUCCCAAUGUAGAGGUCGCACAGGCAUCACACAAUGCCGUUCGUGAGCAACUUAGGGUUUUGAGACAGAAAGGAAGCGAAGAUUGCUGCCCAAUAAACAUGCGAAAUGGUUCGGAGACACUUGUGUUUGGAGGCUUGGUCUUUGCAUGUACAGCUCGCAGGGCACCAUUUUUUGGUGAAAAAAAUGUUGAUAGCUCAGAAUUUUCUGAUUUUUUUCCUGGUGUACCAUUAGCAAGAACUUUUAGUGAAGGAAAGAUUGGACCAGCUGCCUAGGAGAGAUGGAGAGAAGCCAGAUGAACUUGGCUUGCAGUUGUUUGAAUUACUAUAGCUCAGUCUUUCUUAUGAUGUCUUACACUAUAAAACAUAGGCCAUAGUCUUAGGCAUGUGAAUAAACUGAUCUUUCAUGAAGAAUUGAGUUGCAAAUUCCAGCCACUUUUUUGGUU